UUUAUAAACCUUAGUAUCCGGUUUUUAUUCUACCACCAAGGAACACACAACACUAUUUGCAAAAGUUCUCUUUGAGUCUAUCAUCAGUGAGUUUCAGAAAUGAGAGGGAUGAAGAGUUUAGCCAUUUGGGCUCUCUUUGCUGCUUUACUCUCACAGCAGCUCUUUGCUUCUGUUGCUUCCAUAAGGUUCGAGGAUGCGAAAACAUACUACUCUCCUCCUGACCCAAAUGCAGGAACUCCUCCCCCUGUCUCACAUGGAACUCCUCCAUCACACGGUGGAAGCUACACUCCAACUCCUUCGACUCCAUCAUACACGCCUCCUUCUAACUGUGGAAGUCCACCUUACGACCCUACUCCUUCAACUCCAUCUCACCCUUCACCUCCAUCACAUACUCCAACUCCAUCUCACCCUUCACCUCCAAAACAUACUCCAACUCCAUCUCACCCUUCACCUCCAUCACAUACUCCAACUCCUUCCACUCCAUCACACACCCCUCCUUGUAACUGUGGGACGCCACCUCACGAUCCUUCCACGCCUUCACAUCCUUCAACACCUUCACACCCUUCAACGCCUUCACACCCAACGNCCCUUUAG